CUGGUUCGCUUCAUGAUCAGACAAACCUUUGAGUUACUGAAAAGGAACAACUGGGAGAGCAAUGUGAUGGACAAGUUUGUGAAGCUGCUGACCUCUGACCUCCUGCAGAGUGACAGUAAGCCUCCAUCUGGGCUGCAGUUACACAUCUUGGACCUUUACCUGACUGAACUGGCUGCGGUUGGUGCUGCAGAGCUCAGCGCAGAUCAGAACCUGAUGUUCAUCGAACCUUUCUGCAAAACAGCAGCCAAAACCAAGAGGCAGGAAACAAAGUGAAGAUGAUGAUGAUGAAGAUGACAUGUUUCAUUCGGACGACUCUGACUCUGAGCUGCCCCAUGAUGACAUGGGACCAAUUUUACAG